AUGCGCAGUCGUGCACUUCCGGACUACGAAUGUGCUCGCACGUCCCUCCUUGUAGCCUAGCCAUGUUUUUAGCAUCAUGCCUUGACCUGGGCUCUGACACCAACCCGAGGCCGGUGAGGCGGCAGCUUUCGAUAUAACUUCAGAAAGGCGACAUGUGCAGUAACACGCUGCGGUGCGUGACGCUGCUCCGCCGGGUUUGUUUUCGAACAGCGACUUGAAUCUUAACUUAGCUUUCUGAGCUAGCCUUCCCAAGGUUGCACGAAAUGUGGUCACGUUAACAAAAGGCUGGGGAGAGAGGAGUGCCGCUGUCACCACGUCUUGCUGCUACAUCAGACGUUGCCUCCAACCAGAAGUACAUGGUGUUGGAUUUCCAGACAUGGCCAGAGCCAGGUGGGACCCAGAGGAUGGAGAGGGCUGACGUGGACCUCUGGCACAGUCAGGAGAGAGCCCGUAUUUAAUCAGAGAUACUCACAUCCAACGACAAACUGUGGAGAACACCUUGCCAUGGUGAGAACGACGAAGAUGGAGCUGCUGAGAGCGCUCGUCAGCGAGCGUUUGUCUGCAGCCGCUGAGGAAAUCUUUCAGAUUGUGGAAAGAACAGUUUUGGAGUAUGAAGAAGAAAUUUCUCUGUCAAAGUGGGUGGUCGACAGUCACGGCACGCUCGUUUCCAGGUCACAUGGAGCAGGCCCACUGUCUGAUACCGAGGAUAAGUUGCAGUCUCCUGCUAAGUGGAACCCCAGUGUGGGCUGGUUGGAGUCCAAAAACACCACAUCAGUGUCAACAGAUGACUCCCAAACCCGUAAUGCAGGAAACCCUGACUCCUCCCCUGCCAUAAGUGGAAACAGCGAAAGCGAUCAGGAGAUAGCGACCGAAAUCGAAGACGCCGACGUGAGGCAAGCCUGCGACCUGAACGUGCCGUUUAAAAUCCUCAAAGUGAGGAAAUCGUACAAGUGUCCCAUUUGCAUGGACGGUUUCUCCAGCAAAAAGUUGGUGAGACAGCACAUCAAAAUGCACUCCGAGGACAACUCCUCGUACCAGUGCCAGUUCUGUGACCGGUAUUUCUGUCACAAGUCCGAUCUCACCGUCCACACCAGGGUCCACACGGGCGAGAAACCAUACAAGUGCCCAGACUGCCACAAGAGUUUUGCCCAGAAGGGGAAUCUGGUUGUUCAUUUAAGGAAACACACCGGAGAGAGACCAUAUCAGUGCAGAGAGUGUGGCCAGUGUUUUAAUAAAAAGGUGGCCCUCGAUCGUCACACAGAAGAACACUCCAGACCCGUCACACUGACCUGCAGCAUGGAACAGGAGGCGGGCUCCAGUCAGGGUGGUGACUCUGGCAUGAGGGCAUGUCCACUUGCUAUUCCUCCGUAUGACAAAAGCGAGUUUGACCAAGAAUCUCUGCAGCCCUUAUGUCUUUACCAGAUUCAGACCAUCGAUAUAGACAAAGACUCCUCAGCUGUCCUUACAGUUGAUCAAAUCAAAACCGAGCCUGCUGGGACAGACAGCGGAGCGUCAGAAGCGCCCAGUGACAGCCGGCCUGUCCUCACAGUGAACCCGGACUGGUUUGUGGAUCCUGGUGAACACGUUGGACGAGAGAUGGAGAUGAGGGGCAGACAGCUGUGGUCUGAGCUGGAGCCUCUCAGCAUCAAAAGGAUUCUGCCCAGGAGAAGACCGGGAAAAUCCUCCGAGCCGAACGUUCAUUUCGAAGACGGAACGGCACAGAAACCAUACAAAUGUCCUCACUGCAGCAAGUGUUUUUCUUUGACCAAAACGUUGAUAAGACAUAUAAAAAUCCACAUGGAGGACAAGCCAUAUCAGUGCCAGUUUUGUGAGCGGAACUUCUGCCAGAAGUCCGACCUCGUUACUCACACAAGGAUACACACAGGAGAGAGACCCUAUCAGUGCCCCGAAUGUGAAAAAUCAUUUGCGCAGAAGGGAAAUCUUGUCGUUCAUAUGAGGAAACAUACAGGGGAGAAACCAUACCAGUGCCCAGAGUGCAGCUGCAGCUUUAGCCAGAAGGCAUCACUAGACUCUCACAUGCAGAACCAUCGAUAGACAGGAGUGCCCUUGUGCUUUGUGCUAGCAGCCGUGUUAUAGCUGCAGUUCUGUUAAUGCCACAUGCACAUCGUGUGGGAGGCGCUUGCACAGGUCCACAUCUCGUCACAACAGGGAAGCAUUCACGUUGAAUUUUAAAUCAACCAUAGAUAAACUGCUGUGGCUCUUUCUCACUUUUUAUAUUCGUGUUGAUUGUAUUAGGUGAUUGUAAUAGGUAAUUUAGAUUUUUACCCUGGAUUUCCGACAUGGGUGGCUUUACUGCCAUGCUUGCUGCCUGUGUUGACAUGUCGUAGUUCAUACGGAGAUACUGGAGCCUACCAAAAUGCCCACAUAUCCAAACUGAAUGCGAAAAGGAGAAUGACUAAGACCAUUCCAAGACUUUGUGCUCAUUUUUUUUUUUAUAUGUUCCAUUCGAUUAAUGUAAAUCCUGACUGUUUUUACAAGCAUGUACCAAAAUUAAAAACAUUUUACAUCAGUUAUGCCAUA